AUAACAGUGAGUACAGGAAAAGUAGUGGGAGCCAAAACAAAAAAUGGAUAAUUCGAACAGAGUUGGUGAAAAUGGAUGUGUUAUCGUCGAUAUCAGUGAUGAUGAUGAUCGAUCUGCCAAACUUGAUGGUUUGAGAGGAUCUUCAUCAACUAUAUCUGCUGUGAAUGAAGACAUAAUUGGCAAAACAUACGUUGCUGAAAAUUUUGCAAAGCAAACUACUAGAAGAAAAAGUACAGAUAGUGACAAUGGGAAGGAAAGUGAUAGCGAUAAAGAUAGAGAAGAUGACGAAAGUGGCAAAGAAGAAACCAGAGGAAAAGAAAGAAAGGAGGAUUUUGACGAAGCAGAUGGACCAAGGAGGAAAAAAUCAACGUACGAAGAGCCAGACGAUGUGCCAAUGGUAACUGACAUUGAUGCCACUGAGGAACAGGCUUUGAAAAAACCGUCCAAUAGUUACGCAGCUAAAAAGACAGUAGCACAAGGUAUGAUGGACAUAGCCCUGAUCACAGCCAACGCCAACCAGCUACGCUACAUGGUGGAAUUCAACAGGCAGAGUCCCACCUACUACUUCACCCUGAUCCUGAUCUCAGUAUCCCUGUUCCUGCAAGUCGUGAUCGGCAUGGCCCUGAUCAUCAAGGGUCGCCUGGACAUCCGGGGGAGGUCCAAGAACGCGCUGGCCAAGAGCAUUAACAAUUACGUCAUCAUCGGGGUGUUUCUGGUGACGAUUAUCAACGUCUUCAUCGCCAGUUUCACUGUCACUGUCAGCAGUUCGUCUGUAUCUGCGGUGAAGGUGACUACCUUACCGACCGUCGGGGGAUAAACAAAUCUUCUUUGUGACGUCCAGUGUUGUUUUUGUCAGAGACUGAAUUAUAUGUGGCAUCGUCGGCUGAAGGAUAAAAUGAACUGCUCAACCAUUGUCGUAGAUGACAACCUAGUCAUAGGUAGUUAGUAUGCGAGAGCUAUAGUACCUCCUUGCACUAGGUCACCUACUAGGUUUUAAUUUAGAUGGACAAUGACUCAACUAUCAGAACGUAAAAUCAACAUUUUUCAAUCAGUUUAACCAUACAUGUUGACUGCACCAAUUCUUUCGGCAACCGUCCGGGAAAAACUCACUUUCCGGACACUUUUUCAUUGAGAAAGUAGCAUUUUUUCGUUGUUGUCACUGUAACUCAUAUACGUAUUAAUAAACAAUACGGAUCAUAACGGGUGCCAGGAUGAAGCCAAAAAUAUGAAACAAAUGAAUAUCCAUAAGGAUUUGGUGGCAUGAUACGCAUGCGCUAUUAUAGUAGUCAUCAAAGACAUGCGUUUCGGUGGACAAUGACGUUUACUAGCCUUUCAAUCAAAGCAGUAUGUGUCUGAUCGUUUCAAAAGGUCAUGACAUUCUGUUGUUUUUGUUUACGUUUCGCGAACAUGUUUAUUAGCGAUUUUCCAUCAGUGGUAUCCAUAGAUUUCGAUAAAUUCAGUGAUUUCAGGGUGUUUAAAAAGAUAUAAUUGUUCAUUUAUUAUCAGUGUAUGAAUAGACCAGAACUGUUUCAUGUGAAAUUGUAUAUGUACUUAUCUAGGAAUGCAUCAUAUCAAUAAUGGUUCAUUUAUGCUAUUCCUGAUUUUUAAAUUGAAAAGCGAGUACCUACUGAGGCAAUGGGAUAAUGAAAAUGGGAUGAACAUAUCAUAGGGAAACCAAAUGUAAGUAUUAGCAUUUGAUAUUCUCAAGGGUAAUUUUGUAACACUUCAUCAUUUGAAAAACUUACCUACCAAGAUAAUGAAGACCUGUGGACAAAAAUAAAUAAAUGAUUCCAUUCUUUCAGAAUUUAUAUUUUCACUAGCAUGUCCUGUAUCAUUCAUAAUCAUUAAAUCAUCCUGAAAUAAUGAAUUAUAUCCCGAAAAUCCUAAUAAUAAAACAUAAACAUAGUCCAUAAAUGUCAUGUCACUCAUGUCAAAAUAUUCAAAAUAAUGAGUUAGGUUAGAAUGAAUGAGAAUGAUUGUCAUUUGAACUCGCGUAUUUGAUCAUGCGCAGUAUCUCACUUUUCCUUAUGGAUAGUCAUUUGUCUUCAAAAAUCGGCUUCAUGUUUCGCUAUGGAAACAGAUAGAGAUUAUCCGUAUUGAUUAUUAAUACGUAUAUGCUGUAACUAUGAAAUUGUUGGUAGAUUAGGUUUUGAUAAAUGCAGAUGAUAAUUACCAUAGCAGCAAAAUAUCGACCGACAGCUAUUUGACAUGAAAUAAGUGGACAUCUGGAUUUUUGAAAGUUUCGUUGCAAUUAUGGUAAGAAACUAUCGAAAGCAGUAGCGAUAGUGAGUUUGAAAAUGUCCAUUCGAAAUUUCCAAUGUAGCAGUUAGAAGGUAGGUACAGGUAUUCUUUUCAAAUUCCAGUGUUCGAUACAAAUAAGAAUUAUAAUGAAGAAGAAAUUGUAUUCCACCAAGAAAAAUAAUAUGGAGAUGUGUCUCAUUGAAUCCUUAUUCUACAUAUGGUUGCUGAAAAAAUGGUGAACGCAACACGUCCAAAAACAAUUUUCUUGGACUCGCAGUAGAAUUUUGUCUACUCGUCCAAAAAAACAGUAUUUUCUGGACAUGUUACGUAAAUUACUAUUCAAUUGACUAUCGAACCAAUUCAAAUUUAUCUCUCCAGAAUGAGAUUAUACAGGAUGAUAAUCAAAGAUGUGCAGUUUUUCAUGAGCUUCCCGUGCAGAAAGGAACAUUUUCUAAUUUUUUUAGGUGAAGAACAUAUCGCACUAUCGAAACGGUUCUGAAAUUUUUGGAAUUGUCACACUCAUUUACUGAUAUAUGAAUAUUUACUUAAGAUAAUGCAUAAUUUGAUGCUUCUUGUCAUUCUGGUUCAAACAGUGGUCAAGAAUCGUGGAAUAAUGCAUGAUUGACAUAUUCAUUGAUACAUGGGGCUCUUCGAGGAACAAUCUUGCAGAAAAGAGAUGGUGCAAUAUGUUUUCACAUCAGAAAAUAUCAGGAAAAUCUCUCUUCCAAACGGGAAACUUUUUAAUUUUUUGAAAAUUUGUACGGCUCAGAAUAAUCAUUUCCAUAUAUUUUUGAUAGUUGAUGAAACGAACAUUCAGAAACUGUAAAUUAAUUGAAAAUCGGUUGAAGCAUUCGAAAACUUAGCAUUCGAAAACUUCGAUUUUACGUUCCAAGCGUUCAGCAGUUCAUUAUCACAUCAAUGUAAAACAGCUUUUAAUCUGUACUUUCACUCGGAAUUGUCAUACAUGUAAUGAAUUUUUUUCUGUGAUUUCCAUUUUUUGUCGGAACUGAUGGGUUGUAUCUGCACAUUUCAAUUCAUUUGGCAAUUUGUUGUAAGCUGUAAUUCUCAUAUUAAAAAUGCUUCUUUUAGUGCUCAUGAG